AAUCACAAUGCGUCAUAUUUAUAAUAGCUAAACACCACUGUGCCUAAUAAAAAUACUAAAAAUAAUAAUUAAAAAAAAAAACUAAAAAGAAAAAUGCCAGGUCAGACUAGCUCAAAAAAAUAAAAAUUAAAGCCAGGUCAGACAAACCACGUGCUAGAUACCGAAUCGACGGUCAAUAAUAUAGCCCUCUAGACCAAUCCAACGGUUUCAAUCUCGUUCGUGCAAAUUCACACUUAUCGUCAAACAACGGUCAAUAUUCUUCCACGUGUUCGAAAGAUAUGCUUUAUUAACCCAAACGAUCCAACGGACUCAAACUCAAACUCUCCUCUUUCCCCUUUCUCUCUCUCUCUCUACACUCUCUCACUAACUUCUCCGGUCACCGGAGCAAAAUCCUUCGCCGCCGAUCACACAAUUUCCUCACAAGAAUUCAAAUUACGCGAAUUCAGAAUCUCAAAAACAGUAAUUUCAAUUUUCGAACCCCCGAGAAUCGCGGAAACCCUAACUACUGAAGAAGAAGAAGAAGGUGUUAAUGGCGGAUUCCGACAAUGACUCAGGAGGACAUAACGCGGGAGCUAACGCGAACAGUGAGCUUUCACCUCGAGAACAGGAUAGGCUUUUGCCUAUAGCUAACGUGAGCAGGAUCAUGAAAAAGGCUUUACCGGCGAACGCGAAGAUCUCAAAAGACGCAAAGGAGACAGUUCAGGAGUGCGUAUCAGAGUUCAUAAGCUUCAUAACCGGAGAAGCUUCAGACAAGUGUCAGAGAGAGAAGAGGAAGACAAUCAACGGUGACGAUCUGCUGUGGGCGAUGACUACGUUAGGGUUUGAGGAGUACGUUGAGCCACUCAAGAUCUACUUACAGAGGUUUCGUGAGAUGGAAGGAGAGAAAGGAGGAGGAGUAGCGGCGGCGCGUGAGAAGGACGCGGUGUCUGGGAGCGUGGGAAACGGUGGUGGUGGUGGUGGUUAUGGAGAUGGGAUGUACGGUAGUGGAAUGGUUAUGAUGGGUCAGCAACAACAACAACAACAACAUCAGGGACACGUGUACGGUUCUGGUGGGUUUCAUCAAAUGGCUGGUAAUAGUAGUGGUGGUGGUGGUGGGCUUGGGCCUAAGUCUGGGCCUGAUCAUUUAAGCCCAACUUCAAACUAUGGUAGACCCAGAUAAUGGGGACUUAUUGUUGAUCUCUCUACUCACUCUUAAAAAUAUAUAUAUACAUAUAUAAAAAAAUGUAUUAUAUAUAUAAUUAAAGAUUAAAUAGAGAUUAGAGGGGGAAACAUUUUUAAAUGUUAAUUCUUGUUCUUUGCCACUAAUACUCUUUUUUUUUUUUCUUUUAAUAUAUUAUUUGUUUUUUAAUGUUAUAUUGGUUUGUUUUGUUUUACUUUUUGUUUGUUUCUAGAAGAGUAUGUCUUUUCUUUUGUUUAUUUAUAUGUAACAUGAAAGGGGAAUAUUAACAUUUAUGUUUAUUAUUAAAGUGUAAAUAGUUAAUUUUUUUUUUACUUUCUUGAAUUAUGAGUCUUGUAGAGUUUUUAUCGAGAAUUUUUUCGGUGUAAUUAAAAUUUAUACCCGAAUGGUUAAAUUCUCCUUGAAUUGUAAAAAUUAUUACGAGCGCGCUUCUUUUUAAAAUAUGUAUAAUUUUUAUUUGUUAAAUAAACUCUUUGUGUUAGU